AUGAGAUCUGAUGAGAUCGACGAACUUUCCACUAAAGAGUCCCUGGAAACCGGACAGAUGGCGUUUACUCUGGCACAACUUGAGGCCUUGGAGAUUUGCCUGAAGGAAGCAGAAGAAAAAGCUAAAGUCUUAUCCCAGCAGCUUGCAGCCUCUGAAGGAACAAAAUUAAAGCUGCUUGAACAAGUUUCCUGGCUGGAGAAAAAACUAGAGGCUCUGGACCAUAAAGAAGACAGUGGAGAACCAUAUGAAAAAAUGGUCCUUGCGAAAGACCAGUGCAUUGAGAAAUUACAAGCUGAAGUGAAAGCUUCACAGGAGCAACUUGUAACCCAUAAACUAAAGCACAAAAGGAAACUGAAAAAGCUACAAACUGAUUUGGCAACAGCUAAGCAAGAGGCUGCCAUCACAGUUCUGGAACUCAAUGAGAAGAUAAAGACUCUAUGUGAAGGAAAGCCAGCCCCUAGAGAAGACAGCGCACUGGAAGAAUCCUGUGGCGGUCUCCCGCCCGUGGAAGAAGGUGACCGAAAAAUUAGUCUGAUUAUGGAGUUAUCGACCCAGGUUUCCCUUCAGACUGAGAAGAUCACUCAGCUGGAAGAAAUUUUAGAAGGAAAGGAAAGGAAGAUUCAGCAGCUGGAAGCUGAGCAGGAGACCCAUCCUUUCCCAGAGGUGGAAGACUCUCCAGAAUGUUCACAAGAAACCCCAAUUUUCGUUAACAAUAAUGUCACUCCUGUGGUCUAUGAUGAGGAUAUGUAA